CUCCUCUGAUUUUCAGACCAGAAAAAUACGCCAUAAAAUUUUCAGAAACUUUCCUUUUUUUUUUUUAAUUUCUUUUAAAAUUUUCAAUUUUUUCCAUUUUUCAUUUUACCUCUUCUUCUUUCUUCUUUGGAGGGAAAACCAGAAAACUUACAACUCUUCAAAAACAAAAAAAAACCCACUUAAAAAAAAAGAAAAUAUAUUCUCUCUUCUUCAUUACUGAAAAUAAAUUUAGGGUUUUUCUGUAAUCUUUCGUUUUCAUUCUCUCUCCUCUUUUUCUUACAACAAAAUUUGUUGUUCUGGGUUAAUUAGAGGAGCUAAAAAUCGAGUUCAGUCAACCUCCGUGAUUGGAUUUUGACUGAAGUGUGGUUAAUGAUAAAGUCCAAAGCAUUUUGUCUUUGGCAAUGCAGACCAAGAAGAGAGUUUCUUCUAGAAGUUCGGCCCGACAGCCUCCCAAUACUAGAACACUGAGAUCCCAGAAGAAGGUAUCUGAAAAUGUUCAAGUGGUUGAGAAGAAAGCUGCUGAUUUUAUUACCUCAUCUGCUAGAAAAUCAACCUAUGCUUCAGGUAGGGCUGUAGCUAAGAGAGAUGAUGACUCUGCCACCGUAAGCUUGACCUCUCAUUUGUUGCAAGAUGAUACUUCCAAUGUAUCGUUGGGUUCUGAUGAAGUUUAUAAUGCCUCUACAGUCCUUAAGGAACGUAAUGAGGGGACUGCUCAUUGUGAUUCGGGAACUAUUUUUUCACCAACAUUUCACUUGUCAAAAGGUGUCGAGGAGGACAUUGUAGAUGCAGAUACGAAAGAGGUAUGCAUGUCUUCGGAAGUCUCAGCCAUUUAUCUUGCUAUGAAGAAUUCAAAGCUGGAAUGCUUAGAUGAGUAUGAACAAGAUUCCGUGAUGGUUGAUGCAUCCGUGGAGGAGGAGGAAUAUGAGGAAUUCGACGAUUUUGAUCCAUACUUCUUUAUAAAGAACUUACCUGAAUUGUCAACGGUUGUUCCAACAUUUCGCCAGAUGCUGCUACCUAAACAAACUCGGAGAUGUCCCUCAACCACUCUUGUCUUAGAUCUAGAUGAGACCUUAGUCCACUCCAGUCUUGAAUAUUGUGAUGAUGCAGACUUCACAUUUACUGUGAACUUUAACGAGAGGGAUCAUACAGUAUACGUCCGAUGUCGGCCCCACCUUCAAGAUUUUAUGGAAAGGGUCGCCAGCCUGUUUGAGAUAAUUAUUUUUACCGCCAGCCAAAGUAUUUAUGCUGAACAGCUUCUCAACGUCUUGGAUCCAAAGAGGAGGGUAUUUCGUCAUCGUGUAUAUCGUGAAUCAUGCGUUUAUGUGGAUGGAAACUACUUAAAAGAUCUGUCUGUUCUUGGCCGUGAUUUAUCACGAGUUAUCAUAAUCGACAACUCCCCACAGGCAUUUGGUUUCCAAGUGGACAACGGAAUCCCCAUUGAGAGUUGGUUUGAUGACCGUUCAGAUCAAGAAUUGUUGCAGUUACUUCCUUUUCUCGAGAGCUUAGCCGGGGUUGAAGAUGUCCGCCCAUUCAUUGCGGGGAAAUUCAAUCUGAGAGAGAGAAUAGCUGCAGCUGUUUAUCCAUCAUCAAACUCAAAUAGAGGGGAUCCUUUCGAGAGGUAAGCCAGCCUGUUAAUUUCACUGGUCUGCUUUAGCUGUAAGAGCAAUACUUAAGUAUGUCUACUGUAAUCAAGUGACUGACAGAAAGCUUACCUGAGUGUCAAACUUGUAAUCUCCUGUUAAACAUUUGUAAUUUUCCAAUUUUUCAUCUGAGCUAUGUUUUCGGUUGCAGUCAGAUGAUAUAGGUUCUAUGAAACUUCACUUGCUAUGAACUCUCUUAACAUGAGUUGUGGUCCUUGUAUUUUCUUUGACAAGUUAAUAAAUCUUAAUCCUUCUAUUA